AUGCGUCUGCUUUCAUUUCUUCCGCAAGCUCUGCUUCUUUGCUCUACGCUAGGCUCAUCAGUAGGAGCAGCCUCUACUUGGACGUUCGCAGACGCCUCUCUCAGCGUAACCAGCAAAGGCUCCGCAGCCGCGAAGGAUGGAGGAAUUAAAGAGAAACUCACCCCCUCCCAACCGCUCUCCACACCCGUCCUGCUCGGCUCCUCCGAUACUUUGAAGAUCACACUUACGACGCAAGAGGGAAAGAGUGCCAAAAGACCGCAUCAGGCAUUCCUGCUGUUGCAGGACCAAGAAAGGAAACUCGACGUUUCGUAUCCUUUCAGUGUGAAGGAGUCUGGCAAAGCGAAGGUCGAACUGACACACAAAGAUCUCCCGGUUCAAUUCCUCACGAACAAUACAUCAGGACUCAGCGCAUCUAUCCUUAUCGCGUCCUUCGGCACCGCGCCAGGCUACAACUCACCGGCUUUCACCCUGCAAGUCAAGACAGAUUCAAACACUCCUAUACCAGCGGCAGAGAAACCACUCCGCUACGGCAAGCUUCCAGAGAUACACCACAUCUUCCGUUCUGACCCCAAGUCUCCGCCCGCGAUCAUCAGUCUGGUAUUUGUGGCCGCCGUGGUGGGAACGCUACCGUUGCUGGCGGGCGCCUGGCUCGCUCUCGGCCUAAAUCUCUCCUCCCUUCCCAAAUCCUUCUCAACCUCACCAGUCUCACACGCCUUCUUCAUCUCCUCGAUCGCGGGCAUCGAAUUCGUCUUCUUCUGUUACUACACGACCUGGAAUCUAUUCCAGACCCUCCCCGUGCUCGGCGUCUUGGGGGUCACGGCGUUCCUGAGCGGGAGCCGCGCGUUGACGGAAGUCCAGGAGCGGAGGUUGGCAGGGACCAGAUAG